UAAAGUGCGAACCUUACCGCAGUAUUGGUCUUUCUACCUAAAUAAAACUAAUUCACUUUAAUAUUUUAGAAUAGCUGAUUACUUCUGUAUAUUGUUAUUAGAAGGCAAUAAACUGUAUGUUUAAAAGUAUAAGGUAUAAAUUAUUAUUUAUUGAUAUACCAUUCCUUUUCUCCUAUGUACUCGCUCUUUAGCAUUGUCAGUUUGCACCAUUAGAUCUUCAUUUAUGAAAUAUGUACUUAGCAAAAGCAGGACGUUCUAUUUAAAUAAUUUCUACAGGUCCAGAUUGAAAACUUAAAGAACAAAUUACUAUGUCUGGGGAAAAUGACUCUGAUUCUGAAGUAGACGUUAUCAAGAAGAGACUAAAGGCAGCUAUUCAUUUUGCGGUAGGAUCGACUUGCCAAGAAGUUGCGGACAGACAACAAAUAUCCUUUCAAAAAAAAGUGCUUGCUGUAAUGACAGAAGCUGCGUGGAAGUAUAGUGAAAUGAUGGCAAGAGAUCUUGAACUCUUUGCUCAACAUGCUAAAAGAAAUACCGUAUCAGUUGAAGAUGUUAAAAUGAUUGCUCGAAAAAGUCCCAAAUUGCACGAAUUGAUGACAAAUAGAGCAAAUGAAAUGGGCCAAAAGAAACAAAAGUGA